AUGGCGCGCUCUAACGCCGAGCCGCCAGCGCUCAGGGUCAAUAAUGUUAACGUGAGCUUGUCAAUGCCACGUCCAGCUUCCGUUUUCCAGUUAUCAGGAGCUUCUACUACCAAUAGCGGUCGCUUUAUACUGCCAAAUAUGGCACUACGUAAAGUAGUAAAGAAGCCAAUUUUUGAGAAUUUUGAUGAGUCAGCUUACAGUGUAAAGCCUCCAACGCAGAUGCUGCGCUUUAUUGACGGCUUACGGUAUCACAAACCUACAUCUGAAGAGAGCAAAGCAUUAAAUCUUAGCAGUGCUACAGAGAGGAUUUAUCUUCAUGUACUAAAUGACAUUCUGAUGAUGUGUGGAGCACGUAAAGGAGCACGUUUUAGCUCACUGGAUGUCAAUCGACUUAAAGUUAUUGCUGAAGGACUAGGAGCUAGAUACGAAGCUGUGGACGGAACUUUUCGUACACUACCAACAGACGUGAUGAGGUAUCGCUUUCAUGGGGUGAAGAGAUUAGAGGAUGACCCAUCCCUUUUUGAGUUCCUUUCCAAUCGCUCUCGCAACAGUUUAGUUGGCAUGAGCUUGUUGAAUUCGGAGGACCAAGUAAGGCGGCGGGCUUUUUACUUUCAAUGGCUGGCGCGUCAGUAUGUGGUGACUUUUGCACAGCUGAAGACAGCAAUGCAAGAGAUAUGUGAUCGCGUGCAGAAGGAUAUGGCUGCUUUUGGAGCGCUUUCAACACCUGCCCUUGCUGAUAUCAACGAUGCAGUAGAAGCAGAGUUUGAGGCGAAAACACACCACCCGUUUCCUACGUUUCUAUUUGUCCUCAUUCAGAAAUAUCAUCGCGAACAACGUAGUAAUGGCACGACGUGGACCGUGGGAUUGGACAAACCGCCUGUAGACUCGAUCGGGCAGUUUGCCCUCUAUUUAUCAAGUGUUUUGCUCCAGCCGGCACCGAUGACGUCUGCGGAGCUGCACAGCGUUCAAGUGCUCUUGCAAAUUGUUAAGGCAGAAUUCCGAGUAGACUACCAUUCGAUGGUACUGGUGGUGACUAGAGUAGUACAAGCAGACGGCCAAGUAAUUGUGAACACCUCGUCUCGUUCAUGGUUUGAUAGCGCACCAGACAGCGGCGAUUUUUCGUCUGAACAAAGUACCAGCAACGUCGUCCGGGUACUUACGCACGAGACUUUGAGUUCUCUGCUCUUUGCCUUUUUGAUGACAGUUCGUGAGCUACGUUUGGUACCGCGCGAGAAAGAGCUUCUAAACCGCGGAAAGAAGACGAAAAAGACAGCGCUUAUGUUGCAUUAA